CUCUCGCUGGGCGCCGACACGGCGGGCGCGCUGGCCGUGACGCCGGGCCGCCUGCUGCCGCCGGGCCUGCGCCUCUGGACGCUGCUCACGCACGGGCUGGCCGAGACGCGCGCGUGGGGCGCGGCGCUGAGCGUGGCCACGCUGGCGGCGGCCGGGCGGCUGCUGGAGCCGCUCUGGGGCGCGCUCGAGCUGCUGCUCUUCUUCGCCGUGGUGAACGCGGCCRCGGGGCUGCUGGGCGCGCUGGCCUACGCGCUGGCCUACGCGGCCACGGCGCGCCCGGCCUACCUGUUCGGCGUGCGCAUCCACGGCGCGCUCGGCUUCCUGGGCGGCGUGCUCGUGGCGCUCAAGCAGCGCAUGGGCGAGAGCGCCGUGGUGCCGGCGGCGCCGGCGCUGCGCGUGGAGGCGGCGCCCGCGCUGCUGCUGGCGCUGCUGGCGCUGCUGCGGCUCGGCGCGCUCGUGGAGGGCAGCGCGCUCGUGUCGUACGCGGGCGGCGCGCUCUCCGCCUGGGUCUACCUGCGCUUCUACCAGCGGCACGCGCGCGGCCGCGGGGACAUGUCGGAGCGCUUCGCCUUCGCCACCUUCUUCCCGGCGCCGCUGCGGCCGCCCGUGGCGCUGCUGGCCGACGCCGUGCACGGCGCCCUCGUCAGGCUGCGCCUCUGCCGCAAGACGGUCAAGCGCUACGACGUGGGCGCCCCCUCCUCCAUCACCAUCAGCCUGCCCGGCACCGACCCGCAGGACGCCGAGAGGAGGAGGCAGCUGGCCCUGAAGGCGCUCAACGAGCGGCUGAAGCGCGUGGAGGACCAGGCGGCGUGGCCCAGCAUGGAGGACGAGGAGGAGGAGGAGGCGCCGCGGCAGGCGUGA